AUGGGUGAUGGCAGAAACACCAACACGAUCCAAAGGCUAGCCCUGCGACUUGUUUGCAGUGAACGAGAAGGCCAGGUGGAUGGGAAGCUGCCUGCGCCGUUAGGAGGAGGAGGAGGAGGAGGAGGAGGAGGAGGAGGAGGAGGAGGAGGAGGAGGAGGAGGAGGAGGAGGAGGAGGGAAGACAAAGUCCAGAAAGUCCAACAGUCCAAAAAGUCCAACAGUCCAAAAUGUCCAACAGCCCAAAAAUUCCAAAAAGUCCAAUAGUCCAAGAAGUCCAAAGAAUGCAAAAGUUUCACUGGUCCAAAAGUCUAAAAGGGCACAAGGCCAUAAGAACACAAAGUACAAACGUCGAAAAGUCCAACAGUGCAAAAAGUCCAACAGUGCAAAAGUCCAAAAGUCCAACAGUGCAAAAAGUCCAAAAGUCUAG